AUGGCCUCCGCCGACCACCUCCGCACCCUCGACCUCAAGGCGUUCGACGAGACGAGGGCGGGCGUCAAAGGCCUCGCCGACGCGGGCGUCACCGCCGUCCCGUCCAUCUUCCACCACCCGCCAGAGUCCCUCCCGGACGCCGCGCCUCAGCCCCAUCGCUUCACCGUCCCGGUCAUCGACCUGUCCGCCGCGGUCACCACACGAGCCGCGGCGGUCGCGCAGGUGAGGGAGGCCGCGGAGACGGUGGGCUUCUUCCAGGUGGUGGGCCACGGCGUGCCGGAGGCGGCCACGGCGGAGAUGCUCGCGGCGGCGCGCGGCUUCUUCGAGGAGCCCGUGGAGGCCAAGGCGCCCUACUACACCCGCGACCUCGGCCGGCGCGUCCGGUACCAGAGCAACCUCAACCUGUUCAAGUCCCGGGCGGCCAACUGGCGCGACACGCUCUUCAUGGAGCUGCCGGCGGCGCCGGAGGAGAUGCCGGCGGCGUGCAGGAGCGUGGCGCCGGAGUACGCGCGGCUGCUGCAGCAGGGGCUGGGCCGCACGCUGCUGGGUCUGCUGUCGGAGGCGCUGGGCCUCCGCCCCGGCCACCUCGAGGAGGAGCACGGGUGCCUGGAGGGCGUCAGCCUGGCAUGCCACUACUACCCGGCCUGCCCGGAGCCGCACCUCACCCUCGGCACGCCGCGGCACUCCGACGCCGACUUCCUCACCGUGCUCCUCCAGGACGCCGUCGGCGGCCUCCAGAUUCUCGUCGACCUCGAGGACGAGGACGGCGCAGAACGGAAGCAGCCGGCGUGGGUGGACGUGCCGCCGGUCGCGGGGGCGCUGGUGGUGAACGUGGGGGACUUCCUGCAGAUCAUGUCCAACGGCAGGUUCAAGAGCGUGGAGCACCGCGUGGUGGCCAACGCCGUCGGGCCGCGGGUCUCGGUGGCGUGCUUCUUCCGGACGGACCGCACCGCCGCGUCGACGACGGUGAUAGAGCCGAUCGUCGUCACCGACGGCGACGGCGGCGCGCGGUACAGCAGCACGACCGCGGAGGAGGUGGUCCAGCGGCACUACAAGGUGUCCUCUGCACUCCAGCAGCAGCACUUCAGGCUCUGA